AAUCAGCUAGAGUGGCCUGCUUUCAACACUGAGAGUUAGUGAUGCAAGGCCAUGUCAGCUCCUACCAAAGAUUCCUACUCACGCUCGGGGCACAUAAGUAAGGUAAGGAACUGCGGACUGAGAGGAACAUCUAUCAGCUUCCCCAAGUUCUCAUCAACAAGAUCACCAUCCCAAGAGUAGACACCUGCAAGAAGUCUGUCCACUGAAUCUGUGAAUUUACACCUGAGACUUUGAUCUGUUUCCACAGUGUCACUUUUGGGUCACGGAAGGAUGCUGGCUGUGGUCCGUGCACUCACAGAAACUAUAAACCAUCUUUGAGGAAGGACUCAGUCUACCUGAAGAGUGUGUUGAAGGGAAAAGUAAAACAAAGUCGCGGAGCUGCAAGAAGAGGAUGAAAUGGAUGAAGAAAAAGAGAAGAAAACCAUGUCUCAGCCCCAAAGGCUAACAACAGCUGUUCAUUUACUCAUACACCAUCAUGUGCCUAGCAGCAUAGAGAGGAAUUUCCAUAGGGAGGAAAUCAAAGAUAGGUUUAAGAAGAUAACAAGUGUUGGCAAGGAGAUGGAGAAAUCAGAACCCUUGUGCUUUAUCUGGAUUUACCCUAGAGUCCUCAUCCAUAUUCAUAGUUCAGACUGGAGGUGAGAGCCAACCUGUCCAGAAAAAAAUCUAUAAAACAUAGGAGACCUACCUGGAAGCCUAGAAGGAGGUGGGCACAUCAGCUGCAGAAAAGCCAGGCAAAAUGAAGGACCGGCUGGCCGAACUUCUGGAGGUAACCAAGAACUAUGACCAGCAGUUCCCAGACGGGGACGACGAAUUUGACCCGCUCCAUGAGGACAUGGUGUUCGAGACGGACCACAUCCUGCAGUCCUUGUACCGAAACAUCCAGGACCUUCAGGAUGAAAACCAGCAUCUGAUGACCGACGUGAAGCGGCUGGGGAAGCAGAACGCCCGCUUCCUCACGUCCAUGCGGCGCCUCAGCAGCAUCAAGCGGGACACCAACACGAUCGCCAAGGACAUCAAGGCGCGGGGCGAGAACAUCCACCGCAAGCUGUGCGCGAUGAAGGCACUGAGCCAGGAGGCCGAGGCCCAGCACGGCGCGCACUCAGCGGUGGCGCGCAUCGCGCGCGCGCAGUACAGCGCCCUCAUGCGCACCUUCCAGCGCGCCAUGGACGAGUACAACCAGGCCGAGAUGAAGCAGCGCGACAACUGCAAGAUCCGCAUCCAGCGCCAGCUGGAGAUCAUGGGCAAGGACGUCUCCGGCGACCAGAUCGAGGACAUGUUCGAGCAGGGCAAGUGGGACGUGUUCUCCGAGAACUUGCUGGCCGACGUGAAGGGCGCGCGGGCGGCCCUCAACGAGAUCGAGAGCCGCCACCGCGAGCUGCUGCGGCUGGAGAGCCGCAUCCGUGACGUGCACGAGCUCUUCUUGCGGAUGGCGGUGCUGGUGGAAGAGCAGGCCGACACGCUGAACGUCAUCGAGCUCAACGUGCAGAAGACCGUCGACUACACCGGCCAGGCCAAGGUGCAGGUGCGCAAGGCCAUGCAGCACGCGAAGAAAAAGCCCUGCCGGACCGUCUGCUGCUUCUGCUGCCCCUGCCUCAACUAGCAGGUUGGCCCCGGCCACCACACCACACCGGCGACCGAAAUGGCUGGGAAGCACACUGGGGGAGAUUUGGGGGCCCUCUGCACCGGAGUGAGUUGCCCCAAUCCUUCUGGACCUCUGUCCUCAGAGGAAGAAAAAAUCUUGAGGUGCGAGAAUUCCAGCCCAGCUUGUGUUUGGGAGGAUGGCUGAUGCCAUCCAGUGUUUCUUCAGUAAAGCAGAUCCCUACUGAAGUUGGGUGAGGUCAUUAUGUGGCACAUGGCACGCUUUUCCUCUUAACGGAAGCCAAAUAAGGAACUGACGUUGCAGCUUACCGUGUAGGCUAAAUGUCCAAGGCACCAACGCUUCCUAAUGAAACUCUAGGAGGAAGUCGGUUCUGCAUCGGCUGGUGAUGCGGCUGAUGAUGGCAUGAAUUCAUUAUCGAAACUUAAAAUUCAUUUACCUUAUCCUGAAAGUCCCUUGGUUCUGUCCAGUUUCACAGGACAUCGAUCUUGGGGAAAACCGUACAUCUUUCAUUUCUGAUUCUUCGUCUGGUUUAUCCUGUGUGGUUCCUGCCUAGAUGUAUAUCUUCUUUCUGUCCACCUUCCCUACUUAUUAAAAUCAUAUUUAACACUCAUUAUUUCCUUAUGUUUUUCACUUUUAAUAUCUCCUGUCAGGAUAUAUUUUGGAUAUUUUUAAGCACUGAGUUUUGAACAAGCACUCAAAUGGAAGUAUGUAUCACUCACAUUUUAUAUAUUUUUCAUAAAUAAUUUAAAACGUAUCUUUUUACUUGAUAAUACAAAUACACAUAAAUAUAUAAAUGUAAAGGACUAAUAUUAAUGCAUGUACACAAUGACCAAUUAGUUUAACUUGACUUUUGUAAAUAUGGUCUAUAAAUAUCCAGAGCAGCACUUUUACUGGUCGUUGGUAUUGGUUUGCUUGCUUGAGUUUACCUGACUCCCAUCUCUGUGAUCUAGUUUGUGUCACAAUUUUCUUUUGAACCCCUCUGCGUUGGUUAUGGUGGUAGAGACAGGCAUCAAAGGCUAAAAUGCAUACAGAACUACAGAUAAUAAAACAACAUUCUUGAAACUAUUACUUUUGUUUUACUGUGGACCAUUUCUUUUGUGUACUGAAAUGGAGUAACUUAAAAUAAAAAUCUUUUUUUCAAUUUAGUUUAAUAAACAUUACAUUAUAAUAACCCCUUUGUGUGUUUGUACCUUGACUGUUUAAAUCUUACUUUUUCAAUUAUUCUUCUUAAGAAUUCUUCUACUGGCUGCAUUAGGCUGCAACAUCUGCCUGGAACUCUGAUUCAAAGGGGACAAAAUGAAAAAGAAUUAGCUUGUGGGUGUCUAGCUUUCUGUCCUGAGUUACUUAAAAUAGCUUAGCAAAUCGUCAUGUUUUAGAAAUUUGGUUUUGUUGGCAAACUUUGUAAUGCCCUUACCCACAUUUGCCAUAUUUCCUGUUUCUCUUUGGAGUCAACUCUUAACUGUUUUUAUGUCAUUGUUUAAUACAGGAGCAAGUUUACUCAGCAGCCAAAACUCUCAGGUCCUGCAGACAGUGAAAUUUUUAAAGGAAUAGAAGGAAGAGUGUGUGAACUCUUUGAAACUCGCUGACUAACCUGCAGAUGCCCAUGAAAAUCUAGCCCUGCGCCUAAUUUUAAUUUCGUGGUUAAAUACGAGCAUUGUGGAAACCAAGUUCCGCUGGGUUCCUCUCAGAUGCCUCCAACUUUCUUUCUCAGCUCACCCAGGGAUAUGUUUCACCUUUAACUGAAUUUCCUUUCCCUAAGGGAAAAAAGUCUUCACACAGCUCCAUUGCUCUGUCUUUCAUUGUAGAGACGCGAUAUUAUGAAUACAAACCGCCAGCUAGUUUUCUCAAGACAGGAUAGUUCAUGAA